AUGAUCUUAUUGUUGUUCAUUUCGUCAGCUUUAUUACAUUCAUCAGUAACAGUGCGAUUUCCGAACAAAAGGGUAUUUUUAACUGUAUUUCUAAUUUUGCCAUCGUUAUGUUUGGCCACUGUCACCCAACAUCCGAUAAUCUCAAAUACAGCGGAUAUUCAAUUAAAUUCUGGUGCAGCUGCCCAAAUACCUAGCAUUAUUGGUCAUAAUUUGGAUACCGCUGUACAUGUUUCAUCUAAAAUAAGAGUAAAGAAUCGAAAUUCGAUCAUACGUCAACAUCACUGUCCAUCAAACACAUUCCGAUGCGGCGAUGGUUCUUGUAUUCCUAAAGAUUGGAUCGACGACGGUGAAGUGGACUGUGACGACUUAUCAGAUGAACACAUCCAGUCUACCACGCAGACAAGUGCACUUAGUGAAAGUGUCGAAUAUUCCACCACUGCCGAAGAAAUCUUCGACGAUCCGUUUGAUCGUAUUGUAACAUUUUCAUCCAUUGAUCAGUUACCAUUUUCGAUCUCACCAUUACUGCGAUCUGAAGAAGAGACAAAAAGUCAUCAGUCAUAUGCAUAUGGUUGCUCGAAUAUUGUACAAACAAGAGUAAAUCAAUGUUCUACAGAUCUCACCGACUGGAUGGAACAUUUAGAUGACAUUGAUCUGACAAAUUCAUCCAUGCUAAAUGAUGAAACAAGCAAUAAUAUAAACCUUCAAGGAUCACCGAUCUGUCAAAUUUUGGCAUCAAUCAGAUCUGAUUUACGUUGCAUUCAAAGAAAUAAUCGGAAUGGCUGCACAACAAAUGCUUUGGAAAUAAUUGAACCACUUGAAAGUGAAACGGAUCAUUUGUACACGCAAUUAGCGUGCUCUUAUAUUACCGCCAUUACCGCUUCCACCGCUUCGUCUACCUUUUCUAAAUCUACAGAUGAAAGCAGCAAGUUAAAAGUUAAUGGCUCACCAUAUGACAUACUGCAUAUGUUCACCAAAGUUAAUACUAUCUGUUCACAAAUUAUCAGUGAAGCGAAAUGGGAACCAAUUUAUCGUAUAGUUUGUGAACAUCGAGAAAAAUUAAUGGAACAAAGAGAAUGCUUUAUUAAUGCUUCGUUAGGCUUAGAACAGUGUGAUCAAAAGCCAAAGAACGAAACAAUCUGCAAUGCAUUGGAACAAUUUAGUAAUAACAUCGAUUGUGCGCUACGUGUUAUGCUUGACGUAUGCACAAUUGAGGCGCAAAAUGUUGCUGUAUUAGUGCAAGAUGCAUUGAGUGAUGAUUUAAUUGUGCAUCACUGUUAUGCAGAAGCAAUUACGGAUGAUAAAUCAAUGAGUAAUGAUGAAUUCAAAUUAAGUCCAAAGAAUGUACGAUGUACCUCAGAACAGGAAAAUUUGGCUCUAGCAUGUUUGGUGGAACUUGUUGAAGUUAAUCGAAAAAUAGCCGAAUUAAAUAGUCUCAACUUUUUGCAUGAAAUUAGUCAACAAAAUUCAACAAUCAUUUCUGGAAUUUGUAAUUUGUACAACAAAUAUGAUAAUUGUAUUAGUAAUACGGUAUUUGUUCAUUCCAAUGGAAAAAGAUGUGCAUUUAAUUCACCAUUAAAUACUCUUGCGAGGAUUGGAUUAGCACCUAUUUGUAGUAAACGUACACGUACGCUAUUACAUAGCAGCAACGAGUGCAUUCAAAAGAUUAAAAAUCGUACCGGAAUAUGUCAAUCCGGAUUGAAUAGUCUUGGCUUAGCAAUCCAUAAUAUGUUACAAGGAAUUCAUGGUGAAGCAUAUCUUUGCAAUUCAUAUUAUCUUAUUCGGGAUGCAUACCAGUGCGGUGAGAAAAUUUUCAUCGAAUUCUGUUCAGCAGAAGCUAUCCAAAAUUUGCAGCAACUAUGGCGAUUGGUGAUGGAAUUAGGAGUCGAAGAAGGUUGUCCCAAAGAACGUCCAAAACAGAAGCAAUUCGCAUCAUGCAUUCAAACAAUUACUACCUACCAGCCUCAUCCCUUGGCUGUCAUUAAGCAGCCAAAACAAAUUGACGAGGCCUGUAAACAAUUUGUCGAAUUUAAAAAAUGUCAAGCUAAUAUUAGCUGUAUUCCAUUAUGGGCCAAAGGGAUGAUAGCAAUGUUCGAUUUUGCUUGUGGUCCAGGAUAUAGCACAUAUUUACAGGUACGGCAAUGCAUUCGUAAAACGACCACGCGUGAAAAUAUCCGUGAAUGUGUAAGCGAGUUUUCACGUAGUUCACCGCAAAUAGCUUGUCAGAGUUCCAGAAAAUUGCUUGCUUGCUCAAUACCUGUAAUUAAUGAGAAAUGUGGUCAAGUUGGUGCGCAGUUUGUUACCGAUUACAUUGAUAAAUUUGUGAACGUUGUUGACCCUACAUGCAAAAUUGGAAUGCAACAAAAUGAUAAAUCAAUUCGAGGCUAUAACUGUACGAUUGAAGAAAAUGCUCGCAUCAGUUACUGCGCUGCACCAAUUAAUGAAUUAACAUCCAGAAUUGAUGAAUUAUUUGAAGGUGGAUUGCAACAGUUUCUGGUUAAUGUCAAAAAUUUGGCACCUGUAUUUGCGAAAGGUUGUAAUUUGACCAAAGAAUUCAGACAUUGCUUGGGACCAUUGAUAGAACAGCAAUCCGAGCAGCAAUGCACCAUUUCAAGUUGUUUAAUUCAGGCUGGUAAUGGAAUAUGUAAUCAGCCUGAUACUGCCAAGGCUAUUGAUGACAAUUUGGCUUGUGUUUUUAAACAGGCAUCAAUACCUGAAUUUGGUCGAUGUCUACGAUCAACGAUAGCAACACUGAAGCAAUUUAAUCUUAUCGCAUUACGCGGUGUUUUACCACAAUUUAUCAAAUGCAUUGAGCAUAUUGUCGUGCAGCAUUGUGGUGAAAUACCAUUAAACGUGUUACGUGCAAUUAGCGCAACUGAUAUCUGUCCAAUUUCAUUUAAUUAUAAUCAAUUAGGAUCAGUUAGUGGUGAUAAGACACAGAUAUGUGACACAGAAAUGCAACAGAAGCAUGCGGAAUGCACCGGGAAUUUUUAUCGAAAUUAUCGAAUGUUACCAAUUGCGCUUUUACGAGAUCCAUCAAGUAUUGAUAUGUUAUGCGUAGAUGCAUCAAAGUUAGCCACUUGUUCAUAUCCGAUAUGUGAUACAGCUAAACAGAAGGCGUUAAAUGCAUUAGCUGAAUUUAUUUGCACUCGGCGUGACACAUACAAAGAGCAUUCCAUGUGUUUGACGUCUGUUAUUACUUCAUCAGAGGGAUCAAAAUGCCUGACAUCAUUCUUGCCAACAGCGUCAGAGCAACAAUGUUCCUUCCUUACAAACGUUGCUAAUUGCGCCACGCCAUCUAUUCACAAUUCAUGCGGAUAUGAAGCGUUGGCGCUAUCUUUUGAAGGAAUGCAUAUAUUUGCUAAUGCGUUAAAUAAAUCAUGCAGUGUACAAAUUCCUAUUGCAUCAGUAAAAACAAGUUGCGCUGAGUCCGAUAUUGUCGAAUAUUUGCAAUGCGAAAAUUUGAUUGAUCAUUUUACUUUUGCACCAUUUUCAUUCAUUAGGAAUAGCUCACAAUGGAAUGAAUUUUGUGAAGUGAUAAGAGAUUAUGAAAAUUGCUUAACAAAUAUGUCGUGUCGUGUGGAACCGAUCUCAUCAGCAAAUAUCGCACUUUUUCGAACAAUUUGUGGAAAGGAAGAAUCAAAGACGAAAUAUUUCCUACCAUGUCUCACUCAUUUUAUCACUACUGAUAUUGGCAAAAAAUGUAGUGAACCAUUCGUUGGUUUAGAUUUAUUGGCUAAAGAUAAUUCGCAAAAAAUUUGUUCAACCCUAAAAAGUAUGCUUUCCUGUGCAUCAUCUGAAUUAUCAGCACAAUGCAGCGAACAAGCUUUAAAGCAUGUUGUAAGCAUGUUUCUAAUAUGGGUGCGAAAGUUUGAUCCUAGCUGUUCGAUUUCCGGUUACGGUGCAAUUGAUGAGCGGAAGAUAGAAGAAGACUUUUCACUUGAUUCCGGUCCAAUACAUAUCUCAGUGGAUCAAACAGCAUUACCGGUUGAUCAGCGAAUACCAUCCAUUACUACGACUCCAUUAUUGCCAAAACCGAAGAGUGAUAACAGUUUAUCAGAUUCCAACAACUUUCUAACUAGUGGUAGUAUCACUGUAUCAGAAGUGGAACUUCUAACUGUAUCACAACCGGAUUCAACUUCAUCAUCAUCUGAUAUCGAAUCUGUAUCUCAUCGAAGAACAGGUAUAUCCUCGACGACACUAACCGUUCCGGAACUAAAUCCAGAAUCGAUAAAUGCAGAAAAUGAUUUCACUGAUUCCACUUCUUCUCUACAACAAUCACUUUUUGACAUAUCACCGAAAACGAAAUCAAAUGUCACAAUUAAUGCGAAAAAAUCGAAAAUGCAAGAAUCAGGACAAAUGCGCAGCAAUCCAUUACAUUUAUGGAUUUUAUCAAUUGUAAUAAUUAUGUCAACAAUAAUAAUGCCUUUUGUACAGUAA